UGUCUUCAUGUCUAACACGGGUACUUAUUGAACCGCCCUCGUAUGUAUAAUUUCUGUAUAUAUUUAUCAAAUGCGUUAACUAGUGCAAAUAUUUUCAAGAUUAUAAGUUGCAUAGUUUUUGAAAAAAUGGGCUGUGACAAACACAUCGACAGAUGGAUACACCAAUGAUCUUAUAAGCUCUAGAUAUGGAUUGCAUUUCAUACCAAGCCACUUUUUUGUCAAAAUCAAAAACAGUAAUGCUUAUAACUGACACAAUAAUGAUGCCUUUUGUCAACUUUGACAUAUAACAUGUAAAUGACGAUGGAGAAGCAUGGUGUUGUGCCAGAUGUAAUAGACACAGUUCCAGAAAAACUACUGGAAGUGGUUUACGACGAUGGAGUGAACGUGGAUGGAGGCAACAAACUAACCCCAACUAUUGUUAAGGAUGCUCCCCAGGUUAAAUGGGAGGCUGAAUCCGACACUUAUUACCUCCUCUGUAUGACGGAUCCAGACGCUCCCAGUCGAAAGUUCCCGAAAGCCAGAGAAUGGCACCAUUGGCUAAUCGGGAACAUACCAGGCAACGAUAUUUCCAAAGGACAAGUCUUGUCUGAGUAUAUAGGGGCGGCACCACCCCCAGACACAGGUUUCCAUCGCUACGUUAUUUUAGUCUACAAGCAGCCGACGAAAUUGAAAUUUGAUGAGAAAAAGUUGACCAAUAAGUCGUCCAUGGGAAGGGAGAAGUUUGCGAUACGCAAUUUCGCGAAAAAAUACAAUCUGGGAGAACCAAUAGCUGGAAAUUUCUUUCAAGCUAAGUAUGACAAUUACGUCCCAACUAUAUAUAAACAAAUUGGCGCUUAAAGAAACUAAUACACACUUCAAGCUGACAUACCUGUCCUAUCAGAAAUAUAAUGAAAUUAGAACUGCGAGAUUGCAAAAACCAAGGAACUGUGAGGAAUUUAGAUACACGUAUAACUGUAAUAAAACAACUCAUAAUAAACCGUUUAUUCUUUUCAUUAACUACGUAUUUUAUUAUUUCGUAUAUCGAUUAUUUAUUAGGCACACACACACACACACAAUUUUAAAACUAUAAUUUCUAUGUAUGACUCAUUUGUAACUGCCAACUUCUUAUGCUGAGGUAAGCACAUGCUACCGGAAAUGAAAGGACAAACAUAAAUUCUUGAGUAAUAGCAGAUCAUUCUAUAAAAUCUUUGUGCAGUCGUGAGAUAAAAAAUUAUCCGGAGACCACUUGGAAGUUGCGUUUCUGAACUCCCGUUCUACUAGAAUGUUUUAAAUAAAACGAGUAGCGAAUUUGAUUCAAUGAGUUUAAUGAGCAGCAAACUAGAGAACAACUUAACAAAGAGGGUGGAGUCUAAUUGAAACAUAUAAUGGUGGUGGAUAAAUAAAGGAAUUUCCUGAAUGUCGUCAUAUACGAGAGGGUGUUGAGAUUAACCAGAUAUAGAAA